AUAAAAGGCUCCAACAAUGAGGUUUCAGAAUAGCGCCUGUGGCUUUCCCAAAGUGGAGCUGAGGAGGCCUGAACCAGGACACUUGCCCUUCUUUGCACCCUAACAGGAUAUCAGUUCACCUGAGAUUCAUUUUUAAGGGAUGAACAGCCAGUACAUGCGCAGGGAAGUCUUCUGCUGCGAGACCUGCGAUGAGCUCAAAAGCUUCUGGGAAAAGGAAAUUAGCAAACAGACUUUUUACCGAGAGCUUGAAGAAGAUCGCCAGGGGAGAAGUGCUCUGAGAAAGCUCCGCGAAGAAUGGAAGCAGAGGCUGGAGAAGAGGCUGAGGAUGCUGGACAAUCCUGAUGAGGAGGGAAAGCAGGCUAACCCUGAGAACUGAGUGUUUCUGGCAGGCCAUCAAGGACAUCUUUUUCUAAGAGGAAAAAGACUUCCAUCUAGUUAUACUGACUUACUAAGCAGAACUUCCCCUGUUUGCUCUCCCACAAGAGAAAGGACAUACAUGUAAACCCCACCCUGUGCUAAUGGGAACUCUCUCCACACAGAGGACAGGGUGACUGCAGGGGUGGGAUGCUUGGAUUGUUUAAUGUGAAAAUCUCUUUGCAUUUGCAGCCUCCCCAGGUUUCAAAGAUCCAUCUGGUUUAAGCUGUUUCUGCAUUCUAACCCUCAUCGAAAUGCUUUCUCUGAGCUUGCUUGAGGCAAUGACCUUCAUUGGCUUCCCCACAUCUCCAGAAAGUGAUUACAAAAUCUUUGUCUCCUUUCCCCCUUUUUUGUGUACACAGAAAUGCCACGGCCUCCGGAAAUAAAACUAGUAUGGGUUUUGAAAUUUUAACAAUGCGGUUUGAAAAUAAACUGAAUUAGUUUUCUCCUCCUA